CGCAUGCGCAGAGACAAAGGUAAGAAAGCACUUCCUACUUCCGACAAGGAACUGCAAGCAGCCAGGAGUUCGAAUGUUUACAUCGUAACUGCUGAGAUCGACGUCACAUAUCCCACACCACCAAGCGCCAGCGACACUCCCACCAGGUGGCCACCAUGUCUACCCCGGGGUACCCCGCCUACUACUAUGGCGACUCGCAGACGGGCAGCGUCUCCAACUUGAGCGAGGGCGGAGGCAUGAAGAGAUACGCCUCCAAGUCCAGCAUCGCGGGCGGGCAGAGCCUCACAGGCUCCAGGUCGCUGCUGUACGGCAGUCGCCGCAGUCUGUACUCCACCUACACCAUGUCUGGCAUGUCCUACGUCCUGCCCAUAGUGGCCAAACAGCCCGACCCCUGGCGACGACCCCCGGACAACUGGCCCAUCGCCUUCCUCUCCAUCUUCAUCAACCCCAUCUUUGGGGUCUUCGCCGUUCUUCUCGCUGAGCAAUCCAAGAUCUACUACGCCCGCUGCAACUACAUGAAAGCCUCGCAGUACGGAGCGUACGCUAAGGGCACGGCGGCCGGGGGCGUCUACUGCACGGUCAUCGUCUUACUGUGGAUCAUCGGGGCGGUCGUCAACGAGAGAAUGAAGUACGAUAUCUGACCUCGCUCGACCGUCUUGUUUUUGUUCAGGAAAAAAAAUGUGAAGUAUGCUGACAAAAUGAGUUGCCUCUCGGAUUCAAGCCUUUAGGAAAUAUAUACAUCACUCUUACGGGUGAAAUUUUAGCAAUUUGUAAGUAUGAAAUAAUAAAAGACAGGUUAUAGAACUUGUUAAAGAAUAUGACAUCAAUAGAAAAACUACAAAUUUGACCCUAAUGUCUAUUUUUGGCCAAUAUCUCCAUUUGCGGAUUGCGAGAAGUAUCUCAUUUUGUCAGCAGGCCUCACUAAUGCUAGAACUAGAGGACUCGGGGGGGGGAAAUUGUUGUUUCAAACUGUGCACCUUGAGGUGUCCUCAGGUGUUACCGUGGAGCAAUGGUGUCAGAUCGGUUUGUUUGACUUGGCGGUUAUCUAGACAAAGAAUAAAAAUGAAAUAAUUAAAUGAAUUACCUACUAUACAUUUUAUUGAUCCCUGUAAGUCACUUUGGGUUACGAUGGCAUAAAUUUUUUUACGCAAUAAUGUAUUUUUAUCUUUUAAAGAAAAAACUCUAUGAAAAGUUGAGUAUUUUAGAAAGUGGACUUGUUUUUUAAAAAUAAGCUUUGAUCUUGUUUUUUUUACUUUCAAGGCAUUCUUUUCGUCUGACAUAAUUUGUUCAGGUACAACUCAGAAUGAUGCCGUGAAGCUCAUAGAUUUUGAUCACCUGAUACUUAACAAAGAGCAUAACUUGUAGUAAUAUCGAUGGUGCCACAUUCCUCAUUGUUCCUGUUCCGUUCACCCUCAUGACUGUAAAUUCAUUCCAAACAUAAUAAUAUGCUUCAUUCUGACCCACACAUUCCAGACAUUACAAUGUUAAUAAGAAUUAUGCAAAGUAGUAUGUUUGUAUCAAUAUGUUACUUUGUCUAUAUGACAUGGUCGGUUAUAGAGGUGUUCCUGUUUUAAGAUGAUAAUGCAAGUAUUGCAAGUCAUGUUGAUCUCAACUAUCUGGCUGAAUUGACUGAAACUUAUUUUGGCAUACUGAUUCGAUUUUGGUUCUGAAAGUUUAAAAGAAAUGUUCUUAUAUUUUGGUUGAGUUAGGGUGUAAAUUUGGGUUUCAAUGGCAUAAAUACACAAUCAUAUGUUUAUCUUUUAAAGAAAUAACUAUUGCAUUGUGUAUUGUAUUUUGCCUUUGAAGUUUACGGGGAAAAAAGGAGAAUGUUUUCAGAUUUCUUCAGCGUCAAAGUGACAGUAAAAAUUUAACUUUCUUUAUGCUCAAACUGUUUUUGUGACAUUCCCAUAAAACAAAUUUCACGACCUUGUUCAUAAUUACGUGUAAAUAAAGUUUUUAUGCAAAAAAA